GACAUUUGGCAUAAUUCAUUCUUUAGCGUAAAGUACACAUUUUUCAUUUCUAAACAAAAUACAAAAGAAUUUCCUUAAAUUUUGCCAUUUAACUCACAAAAUAAUUCGCAAAUUCAUCACAAUAUCAAUUAACUAUCAAUUAAAAUCAAAAAGAAGAAGAAUUGCUCCACAAAAGUGCAUCAGACAAAUUGGGUUUUGAGAAAAUGACUGAAGUAAUGGAUCGAAUAGCACACUAUACCAGAGAAUUCUUCAAAUGUUACCUCUGUAACAAAAUCUUUGCCGAUGGCGAUGAGCCAUGGCAUAUGUUUGAAAAACGACUCACUGAAAAUGGCCAAAGUCACACUUCUCUAGCUGCGAUUCUUUCCUCGGCGCUGGGAAAGGAUUUGGAGGAGCACAGUGUCCAUUCGAAAUUAAUUUGUGAUGAAUGUAAUCUCAUCCUAUUGGAAUAUGAACGAAUCGAAAAGAGUUUCUAUCAUUUUCGUGUGAAAAUUCUCAACGACUACAAUCACACGGCCAAGGAAAAUAAUUUCGAACCAAUAUGGUUUGAGAUUGGUAACAUCGAUGAUAGUGUUCAGAUGAUGCAAUUGCAGGAAGGGGAUGAUGGCAAUCUCACCAAUGAAACUCAAACACUGCAACCCCCGCAGCAACAAGGAGUAGUAGAAGAAGAAGCAGAAGGACAUGAUGAAGAAGAUUUCACUCAUGAAAUGAAACCAGCAAUUGUUGAGGGUUUAAUUGCUCAUAUUCCGAUAAUGGACAGUCAAGAAAUCUCUAAUUUGGUGAUUGAAGAGAAAGGCGAACAAGAGUACGAAGAAAUCCUGCCAGAUGAUGUUAUUGUUCAGGAAUUAGAUGCCACAGAAACUAUUUUAAUUGGAAAUCCUGAGGAGGAUUUAGAAAGUGGAGAAGCGCUGCCGGUGGUUUAUGACGAGAAGAAUAAUUUGCAUGUAAUUGCUGAAGAAAUCCCAUAUGAGCAAAUAAUUGAGCAAACUUCUGUAAUAAGUUACGACAACAGUAUCGAUGAUGUCCAUGAAUCUGCAAUUGAUUACAAUAGCAGCAAUGAUGAUAAUCCUCCAAUAAUCCCAGAAGAUGUACCAAUUUCAAUAAAAAAACAAAAACGUAAUAAUCGAUCGAUUAAACGUGAACAACAAGACCAACAAUCGACAGAUCAACAACAACUAGGCCUAGAAUUUGUAUUCACUGGAGCUGUAUAUUUGUGUGCAUUAUGCCCGGAGCAAACCGAACACGAACCUAUGCUGUUUUCAAAUCAUUUGAAAACUGUCCACAAUUAUAAAUUCUACGUCUGUGAUAUUUGCUAUAAGGGAUUCCAUAAACGUAACGAAGUAAGCGAGCAUAUGGACGAAUUUCAUGCGAGUGGAGCCGAAGAGGGGGAAUUCCAUUGUGAUAAUUGUAUGCGGGUCUUUUUGAAUCUUCGUCAAUUCCGAAUACACAAACGCCUGCAUUACACGUCGACCAAGCAGCACGAGUGUUCGGAGUGUCAUAAGAAGUACAGUUCAAAGAAUCUGCUCGACGAGCAUAUGAACAUGCAUACAGGCAAGCGACCCUUCAAAUGCGCCUCGUGCAGUAAGGAUUUCGCCUCGAAAUACACGCUGCAGGCUCACAUGAAAAUCCAUACGAAGCGACCGAGGCCGUAUAGUUGUGAUAAGUGCGAUAAGUCGUUUUUGAAUCAGCAAAACCUAGUUCAGCAUGCGAAACUGCAUUUGGGACUGAAGACGUUUAUAUGUGAGGUGUGUCAGAAGGCGUUCGGGACGCAGCAUAAUUUGGACGUUCAUAAGAUUGUGCAUUCGGGCAAUAAGCCGUUUAUAUGUCGGACGUGUGGUAAGGGCUUCGCCCGACGAGCUGAGAUUAGGGAUCAUGAGAGGACGCACACUGGCGAGAGGCCGUUCAAGUGUGAUUUGUGUACUCUGGCCUUUGCCCAACGAUCCAAUUUGAUGACACACAAAAAAGCCACCCAUUUAAACGACAAGAAACACAAGUGCAACCUGUGUGACAGAUCCUUUAAGCGGCGACGUUUGUUGGAAUACCAUACCCAGUCGGCUCACACCGGAGAACGACCGCACAAGUGUGAGGUGUGCAGUGCCACAUUCGUCUAUCCGGAGCAUUUCAAAAAGCACAUGCGAAUUCAUAGUGGAGUGAAGCCAUAUGCUUGCGAAGUAUGCGGGAAGAUGUUCAAUAGCCGUGACAAUCGUAAUGCCCAUCGAUUCAUCCAUAGCGAGAAGAAACCCUACGAAUGUCUGGAAUGUGGUAUGGGGUUCAUGCGGAAACCACUGCUUUUGUCCCAUAUGAAACAUACGAAGCAUGUGAAUGACACAAUUAUUGUGAAUCAACCGCAAAUAAGCCACAAAGGAGUGCUGGAAGUAUACAAAGAGACGACCGAUGAAGAGGAAGACGACUUAGUGCUGGAGACUACUCAUCAAGAGGGCGUUGGAGAAGCAGAAGAAGACGCCAACAUCGCCGAAGAAGAAGAAGAAGCUGGUUAUGAUGAAGUUGUGGCAUCGGAUACGAUUCUAGUUGAAGAUGGCGAUGGACAGUAUAUCAAGGAUGAAGAUGGGGAAGUUAAAUAUUUGCAAUUUGCUGAAAUGGAUAAAGAUGGACAAGCCACAUUUACUUGGGUUGACAUAGCCGAAGAUAAGGAAGACGAUAAUUAAGGAAAACGGAGUGGAAACUUUUUUUUAAAACAAAAAAAUGAGACUGAUAUUUCUAAGAAAUGUAUAUUUUAAUUGAAAGUCCUGAAUGACCUAACUAAGUCGAUGGAAAAAGAUAAUUCGAAGAUUUGUAACUGGAGAAAAAAUCCCCGGAAUUAACUCGAGUUUUGUGUUCAUUCAUCAAAUAAUUAAACAAUUUUCUUUAAAAAGUUAAAAUAAAAUUAAGAAAAGGAAAAUGUGUUUUAAGUUGCUUUGUAUUACUGCUUUGAUUUUCUUUACAAAAAGUAACUGUAAAUAUAUAUGU